CAACGUGAUUGGCUGUCAGAUUCCAGACCCAGAUCCCUGCUGCAGCUCUCUCGCGUUUAGGGUUUGAAUGGUGGCAGACAGAGGGCCGCGUCCAUGUGUGGUGAUCUUUGGCCUCUUCCGAAAGAUCAAACGGGCGGGUCAACACGAUGAAAUUAGGCGAACGUUUUCGGACAGUAGAGAGCGUAAAGACACCGCACUGCGUGCAGGAUUAGAUGAAAGCGAGCGAACUCUGCCAACCCAGUUACUCGAGCGGACAUUGCGUGUGAAUGCGGUGACAGUCAACAGCGUCCUCCCACCCUGCUUUAUAUAAUGGAAGAUCGCAUACAUAUAUGAUGUGCUGCUGAUGUAUACGGGAUAACAUACGGGAGCUGGAAACGGAUAAUACACGAGGAGGUGUAACGUGGAGGGUUGAGUUGACUUCGCGACGCUGCAGCUCAUCCCGAGACUGUUAUUUCUCGCCUAUGUUACUGUGAAACUCAAGCAAUGGCGAGGCACACGGCAGUCAGGGCUAGAGCCGUUUGCCCUGCUUUCAACAGCUAGCCUUCCGCGGGUGGCCACCUAACCAGCUCUAGUAGGACUAGCUGACUCUUGCGGCAACGCGAGCUCCGUGCAGGUGCUGUCUGUACGAGGUGAAGCUGGCGGCGCUCCGGUUAGAGUCGGAGGAGAAGGAUCUAGGCGCCAUGGCGUGGGUGCUGAAGAUGGACGAUGCUACCAUCGAGUCUGGGCUAGUGCACGACUUCGAUGCCAGUUUGUCUGGCAUCGGCCAGGAGCUCGGGGCUGGCGCGUACAGCAUGAGUGACGUGUUGGCUCUGCCCAUCUUUAAGCAGGAAGAUGUUAGCGUCCCUGUGGAGUCUGACACCAAGAAUCCUCCGUUUCAGUAUGUGCUGUGUACCGCCACAUCCCCUGCUGUUAAACUGCACGAGGAGACGCUCACCUACCUAAACCAAGGCCAGUCGUAUGAGAUCCGAUUGCUUGAUAAUAGGAAAAUAGAGGAGAUGCCUGAACUCAACAACAAGACUGUUAAGAGUAUAGUUAGGGUGGUUUUCCAUGACCGAAGGCUUCAGUACAUGGAGCACCAGCAGCUGGAGGGCUGGAAAUGGAAUCGGCCUGGCGACCGCCUCCUCGACAUCGAUAUCCCCAUGUCAGUUGGCAUCACUGAGCCCCACACACACCCGUCACAGCUAAACGCUGCAGAGUUCCUGUGGGAUCUCUCCAAGCGAGCAUCUGUGUUUGUGCAGGUUCAUUGCAUCAGUACAGAGUUCACCCCGCGGAAACACGGUGGAGAGAAAGGAGUUCCGUUCCGGAUCCAGAUUGACACUUUUAAACAAAAUGAAAGCGGAGAGUACACCGAGCACCUGCACUCCGCCAGCUGCCAGAUCAAAGUCUUUAAGCCAAAGGGAGCAGACAGAAAACAAAAAACAGACCGAGAGAAGAUGGAGAAAAAGACAGUGCAGGAGAAAGAAAAAUAUCAACCCUCUUAUGACACCACUAUUUUGUCAGAGACUCGAUUGGAGCCUGUGAUUGAGGAGGCUGUAGAACAUGAGCUAAAGAAAUCCAGCAAGCGGACACUUCCUGCAGACUGUGGCGAUUCCAUCGCCAAAAGCAAAAGAGGAAGUUGCUCUCCAUGGCCAGAUAAUGCAUACGUCAACCCCAACACAGCAGCUACACCGACCUUCACCUCCAGCACACACACCUACAGCCCUAACAGCACAGUACCAGACAGUGAGUCGUCUUCACCUAACCAUCAAGGGGAUCUUGGUAGCCUCAUGUCUAUGGAGUCUCUGAGUCCCACAGCAUCUAUACAGGACACACAGAAGUGGAUGCUUAAGAACAGAUUUAACUCAUACAGUCGUAUUUUCACCCAUUUCUCAGGUUCUGAUCUACUGAAAUUAACUCGUGAGGAUUUAGUCCAAAUUUGUGGUGCAGCUGAUGGAAUCAGACUCUACAAUGCACUUAAGUCAAGAGCAGUGCGUCCCAGACUCACAGUUUACGUGUCCCUGGAGGCGUCUCAGAGUGAGAGCCCUCUACUGGAGAAACGUGGCCACAGCAAAAACGGCGAACACAGCAGUCCAACAUCCAUACCUGUUUACCACGCUCUUUACCUUGAGGAGAUGACGGCUUGCGAACUAACUAGGAAAAUCUCCAGUGUCUUGGCACUGCCGCUGUCCCACAUCAACCAAGUCUACAAACAGGGGCCCACAGGGAUACACAUACUACUCAGCGACCAGAUGGUUUAUAACUUCCCAGAUGAGAGCAGUUUUAUUGUCAGCACAAUACAAGAUGACACCAGUGAUGGAUUUCACCUAGUCCUGAAGUAGAGCUGCUGCAAGCAACGUGAAGCAGAGUGUGAUGACAUCUCAAGGCCUCCAUACUGCCAUUCUUGAGCAUUGAACAUGUUCCCUCCAUCCUCCUCUCUCUUCCUUUCCUCAUCUCUCUCUCGUUCUUCACGUCUCGCACGUCGGAGGAGAGAGAGAUAGCUGGGGUUGGGCAGGGCCUCCUAACUGUUAGAAUCUGACUUCAGUGUGUAAAUUGUUUCAUAUUGAAAACACUUAAACUGAUGCCAGUGUGUGCGAGCAGUGGGCUUUUAAGUAUGCGUGCGAGUGCGUUUUUAAAGGUUGAAUCGGGAGGGAUGGAGGUGGGCAGAAACCGCAAGGAAGUGGAGGAGAAUUGUGACCACUUUUACUUCAGCAUGAUGUUCGUGGAAGAAUCUGAGUAUCCGGCGCCGCGAUACGGCUGUGCUCAGACUCUGUCCUCACUUUGCUAAUUAUGAACGUACAGUACUUACUUUAGUUUGUCUGCCUUUUGUCUGCGAGUUGUCAACCGUUUCGCUUCCUUCCCCUUCGGAUUGGCCUGCAGAUGCUAUCACAAACCCCUCGGUAGAUAGUAAUGACCUCUUUUUUAAAUGUGGGGAAACGCGUCCUGACUUAGGCAUGCGCAGGACGUCUUUAUGUCUGUCUGGCUGAAAUAAUUCCUUGAGUUUGAGUACGGUGCCCUGCAGCUAGCGUGAGGUUGUGAGACUCAAGUUUCGGCUGUAUCCUACUCUCGUAGAUGACAUUGUCAAUGCUGAUAUUGUUUUCCAAUUCCUCUCUCAAGACCAAUCGUUUCUGGUGCCAUUGUUUCUAUUGACUAGAUUCUGUUAGUUUCUUAGCAUUUACUUUGUGCUUAACGGGAUGAAUUAAGUGUCACCUGGUUCCACAUGUUUAGAAUUAAAUUAUGGUUUUUAGAUUGUGAUUGUCGUGUUUCGGAUUCUCUGUGCCCGGUAACUGCGUACCUGCCCUUUAUAGUAGCUCCUGGCACAGAUUAUAACACGAUUAUUGAUAAAUGUGCACAAUCACAAGCAGCCAUAAAUUAUAUUUCCCAUAAUGCCUUUGCUUUCUAUUAUCUUAAUUUUUUGACCUAGGAUAUGACGUCGGCUGGUGCUUUUCUAAAUGCACACGUGGUUUACCGUCAGCUGCUCCAGUUAAACCUAGCCAUCAUGGCUGCGGUCAGCAAGCCUUUUUUUUUAUUCUUUUUUUCCUUCUUAAAUAGAGACUGACUCAAUAGGUCUUCUAUCUUAGUAGUCAUGUAUUGGGCAGCUGUGCUUUGGCAUGUACUGUGCUUAUUAUUGCCACUUUAUAGAGGAGCAUGGUUGUAAGAAUGUUGACUCCUUUUAAUUCUCAUAAAAAAAAAUAAAAAAAUAAAAAAAAAGGAAUGACCAAGUCUGCACUGAAACUGAUACCACAAUGAAAUGGAUACUUUGCUGUUGUUGGAUGCUCACUUAGACUUUUGGUGUACACAGUGUUUCCAGGUUGAACAAAUGAUCCAAGUGUAAAUCCAUGAAGAGGUGUGUUGUUCUCUUCCUCUGAUCAAAUGCUGUGGAUCACCGGACUGUCCUCUGUGUUUCCGUGAUGAUAAUCAUGGUGCCCUCAUGUCACUGUCUGUCUAAAGAAGCCUCUCUUCCAUAGGGGGUGCUGAGAUGUACACAAUUAAUGCCUGUACCAGAAAUAAAAAUAAUUUUCAU